CUGUACUUGACUCUCCUCAAGCAAACACAAAGAACAGAAAGUAAUGCAAGGCCCUAACACCAGUACCAAGUCCUUCAAGCACGAGUUCCUCAAGAAGCUCCUCUUGGGCCUCCAGCUCCAGGCACGCACGAGGAAAUCUUUCGGCAGCGGUGCCAUGAGCCUCCACGAGAGGAAGGUCGCCGUCAAGUUCUCCGCCAACGUCGCCAUGGCGGCCGCGCGCUGUGCCACCCACACCGAGGCAAGGUGGCCCAGUGCCAUCUUAGCCUCCGAUGCGGGCGCCUUACCAUCAUCCGGCGCUUGCAAGGUGCAGAGGUGCAGGAGGAUCGUGGUCACGUGCUGCCGCCGGAAGAGGAGCUGGAUUAGAUCAGGUCGCGCUGGUGGUGGCGCUGUUGCCAGGAGGCUGCUGAGGACGAGAACUAUGGCGCUGAGGGAGCUGAUACCGGGAGGCCGGGACGCCACCGUCGACGAGGUCACUCUGUUACGCGAGGCCAUGGACUACACGGUGCACCUGCGCGCUCAGGUCGACGUGCUCCGCCGGCUAUCGGAAGCCGUGCAAAGAUCCAGCUCCAGCUCCCAGCAGUAUCAGCAGUGAUGCUUUGGUCUCGGUGUGCACUUACAAAGGAGGCAUGAUUAAGUAUGUGGUAGUGCUGUGCCAGUGCCUCUGCAGUAAGAAAAACAUUGUCUCCAUGAUGAUCAGGGAGGAAACAGGCACAACUUUGCCUUGAGCAGAGCGGUGAAGAAAUAUAUAGAUCAGGAUUUGCCUUGUUCUUCUAGGAGGUCAGAUUGGUAUAUGUCUAUGGUGCUUGCUACCUAGGCACCUAGCUAGUUGAGUGAAGAGACUACUCUUUGUAGAUCAGCAAAGAAAAUGGUGUCAGGAAUUAUGUGCUGCAUCUAAAACAUGUUGUGUUAUUUCAAAAGAAAGGUA